AUGAAGUGGUACACCGCAGGAAGCGCUCUGCUUCUGUCUCUUCAGGCGGCGGCAUGGGAUUACUCUACCUAUUCGUCUAUGGACUUCCAGCCCCCUAAGCUGGAGGUUAAUAAGACUGGAUCUACCGAUCCCGGAUAUAUCUUCGUCGGACCUCGUGGUACCGUUCAGGCGGCUGGUAUCGCUGCGCUUAUUUACGACGAUGACGGCAACUUGGUCUACGAGGGCCCUGAAGAGGUCACUGCCAACUUCCGUACUCAAAAGCUUGAUGGUGAGGACGUUAUCACAUUCUGGGCUGGUGACAUGAUGUCCAUUGGCUAUGGUUAUGGAACUAUUCAUAUCCUCGACAACACCUACAAGGAGAUCUACACCGUCACUCUCACUGGCGCUUUUGUCACUCCUGACAACUCUGUCAAGGAUAGUUACUGUGACCUCCACGAGAGCGAAAUCACUCCCAGGGGAACUAUCAUUUGCACCGCCUACAACGUCACUCAGCACGACUUGACCUCGAUCAACGGCACCUCUUCUUCGUGGAUGUUGGACAGUCAGUUCCACGAGAUCGAUAUCAAAACCAACCAGGUUGUCCACUCAUGGAGUGCCCUCGACCACGAGGACCAGAUUCCCCUCACUACCUCCCACCAGGGUCUGGGCAAGGAUGUCGGUACCGAGCAGUCCGACCCCUACGACGCCUACCACAUCAACGCUAUCGAAGCUACAAACCACGGAUACAUUGUUUCCCUGCGCCACAUGUGGUCGGGUUACUACCUUGCCCAGAACGGCACCAUCCUGUGGACCGUUGACGGCGAGGAUGGCGGAGAUUUCGAGCAGAUCAACAAUCCCGGUUUCUCUUGGCAGCACGAUAUCCGCGUGUACAACGAGACCGACACUAGUCUUGUGUUGAACCUGUUCAACAACGCCAACACCCCCACCGAACAGGUUUCCGAAACCACCGGUGUCAGCAUGGCCAUCGACCUGACCAAGAAGACUGUCACCGGUCUCCGCUCGCUGGCCGACCCCAACGACCCCAUCCACGCCGUCAGCCAGGGUAGCUACCAGCUCCUCAGCGAGACCAACAGUCACGUCUUCAUGGACUACGGCUCCAUCUCAAAAGUAAAGGAAUUCGAUGGCGACGGCAACGUCGUGUUCAGCGCUCAAUUCGGCGAGGACAACGCCGUCGCUUCUUAUCGUGGUUACCGCUGCCAAUGGGCUGCCACUCCUUUCUGGAACCCCGCCGUUGUCGCCUCCAAGACUGACUCGAAUGUCACUGUCUACAUGAGUUGGAACGGUGCUACCGAGUAUGACAACUGGGUUAUCUACUCUGCUUCCGAUAACACUACCACCAGCACAAACACCAAGAUUGGUUCUGGCGACCGCACUGGUUUCGAGACUGCUGUUACUGUCGAUAUUCCCUCUGACCAGUACAUCCAGGUCGUCGCUCAGCAGGGUGACAAUGUCCUCGGUACAUCUGAUUUUGUGACCUUCUAA